CUCAAAUCACCAUGGCGCAUAAUGCUAAAAGAAAGAAGAAAGUAAUGCUUUAUAAACAAUUGUAGAGGUGAUUCUCCAUUGUGUGGUAUGAAUACCUGACGAUUUCGUCGAGCGUUUUCUUUUGCUUUAGUUUGUUGGUUAAUUCUUUUUGUGGCAUGAAGUGGCGCGACGUGGUUUUGGAAACAAUGGACCCAGCGCUCCCAAAUUCAACGCGAGAAAUUCUUUGAAAUACCGCACGUAGAAUUUUCAAGCUUGACCUUGUCCAAGGUUUGCCUUCGCAUUUCUAGCAGAUAAAUUAGCUGGAUGCCGAACCAAAUCAGUCAUGUCGGUGGAGCUACAAAUAAAGCGUAAAAAGAGCCUCACUCUCAAGAAGAAGAACAAGGUCGCUAAAACUGUACUUUUCCACACAUCUUAUCCACAUACCACGGACAUUGUCGACAGCAAUGACCAAUCGCUCACAUUAUCCGGGGAAGCCACCGUCGGUUCACCAGAGGAACAAAGCAAAUUCUUGAUGGAUCAUAGUAAUGAUAUAGUCUCUUCGAGUUCAGUGACGAAUAUCCAGCAAGAGAGCAAUCCAGCCUUUGAAGAAUCUAAAUGUCCAAUGUGCGAUAAGAGCUUGGCCGGCACCACACGACUUCAGAAAUUGGACCACGCUAACAAAUGUUUGGACGUCGACGCCACUCCUAUCCCGGAUGCCGAAAAGCUGCAUCUCCAUACAAACACUGUAGCCGACCAUCUUGAUUUUCAAGCUUGUAUUUUUUGUGGCAAGGACAUGUUGACUUAUAAUUUUCAACGCCGAGAACAACAUGCGAACCGGUGUCUUGACGAGAUCGUUGCUGAGCAAAGUGUCAUCGAACUGUCAAAAAUAACUGCUGAGCGAUACAAUAUUGACAAUUCUUACGGAAAUACAGCAAUUCCAAUGAAAUACAAUGUCGACAUUUGUCCUUGCUGUCGUGAGGAUUGGACUCACCGAACUCUCUCACUUCGAAGUAAAAUGCUACAUAUGAAAUCUUGCGCCAACGGGAAAGGCGUUAGCAUCCAAGAACUCGGUAGAAGGCUACAGUGGACGAACUGGGGGUUAUCUUCUCGGCAAACUCGCCAGAAUCCGCUAGUGGAAGACAAACCCGCCGAACUCCCCCCACCAAAUAGUAUCAAGGAUGCAAGUAAGACAAAGGAAGACCCUUUCGUACUUUGUACAUCAGACGACGAAGAUUUUCAGUCUCUAUCAGUGGCUCCUACUAAACCUAUAAGUACAACCCUCAAGAAAAACACCAAGCGUAAAAAGACGGAAAGCAUGGAUGAAGACUUAAGAAUUGCCAUAGCACUAUCGAAAUCCUUAAUGAAAGCUGAGAAAAAAUUGAAAUCCAAAAAAGGACGUAGAAUCACAGAAGAAGAUAGAAACUCGUCAUCUGUUUUGAGCAUUGAAGAGUCAAAGUCAAUGGUGAUGAAAAACUUGGAGACUCUUCUUUGUACACCAUGCAUCAAGAAGCUAAAGCCUUCCCUAUCGACCCCAUCUCUCCCAGCCUCGAAGCUGGCAUCGUUGAACAACAAGGUAGAUGAACAGGAGCUAGAAAACGGAAGGCUACCGUUAUGGAUCUUAGCUUCCUCCAUGGAAGCAAACCAUCAGAAAUAUAUUACCCCGCUGCUUGCAAAUUUUUUGAAAUAGCAAUAUCAGAAGUUGAUAUACCUUCUUAAUCAAUUGCUACAUAACUCCGGUAGAGCUGACUCCUUGGCGGCGAUGACAAGAUGCAGAACAUCAUCGGCGAUUUCAUAUGUAUGCCUCCUUUACCGCCAAGCUUCCUCUGCUUUUAAUCAGCGUCCAUUGCUAUUCUCUUGCGACUCAGCUCAUCCAAUGAAGCGGUACACAUACCCCGUUCCUGUAAAAUAGAAUAAAAUCCUAAUGUUAGAGAUACUCGAGAUGCAGCAAGGUGCAUUGGGUAUACGCAAAAUAAAGAAAAGGUAGUCUGAAGUUAAGCUUAGUCCUUCAUA